UCGUUACGUGACCUGGGUGCCCAGCGUCGGUGCCGGCGCGGUGGCGGCGUCGCCGUCGCUGGGCUUCGUCCCUGUUCCGCUUCUCCUUCCCUGCACCAGAGUCUGCGAUCCUGCGGCUUUUCCUUGUGCCGCUGCGGGCCGUGGGGCCAAGGCUAUGUCCCGAAAGCAGGCGGUGAAGAGCCGGCCUGGCAGCGGCAGCCGGAAAGCCGAGGCCGAGCGCAAGCGGGACGAGCGGGCGGCGCGCCGGGCCCUGGCCAAGGAGCGGCGGAACCGGCCGGAGCCUGGCGGCGGCGGCGGCUGCGAAGAGGAGUUUGUGAGCUUCGCCAACCAGCUGCAGGCCCUGGGGCUGAAGCUGCGGGAGGUGCCGGGGGACGGCAAUUGCCUGUUCAGAGCUCUUGGUGACCAAUUGGAGGGACACUCACGAAAUCAUCUCAAGCACCGACAAGAGACAGUGGACUACAUGAUAAAGCAGCGGGAAGAUUUCGAACCCUUUGUAGAAGACGACAUUCCCUUUGAGAAACAUGUGGCCAGUUUGGCAAAGCCUGGUACAUUUGCUGGCAAUGAUGCAAUUGUAGCCUUUGCAAGAAAUCAUCAAUUGAAUGUGGUGAUUCAUCAACUUAAUGCCCCUUUGUGGCAGAUUCGUGGUACAGGUAAAAGCAACGGGCGGGAGUUACACAUCGCGUAUCGGUACGGAGAGCACUACGACAGUGUUCGGAGGAUCAACGACAACUCAGAAGCUCCUGCACAUCUCCAGACCGAUUUUCAGAUGCUUCAUCAAGAUGAAUCAAAUAAAAGAGAAAAGAGCAAGAUAGAGGGAGUCGACUAUGAAGAUAACCUGAGAGAUGAAGUGGAAGAUGCUGUCCAGAAAGUUUGCAAUGCAACUGGCUGUUCAGAUUUUAAUUUGAUAGUCCAGAACCUGGAAGCUGAAAAUUAUAAUAUUGAAUCUGCAAUAAUUGCCAUGCUACAGAUGAACCAGGGGAAAAGAAAUAAUGAAGAGGAGAACCUCAAGUCCAGUGGCCGAGUGCUUAAGCAGAGUGGCCCUUUAUGGGAGGAGGGUGGCAGUGGCACCAAGAUCUUUGGAAAUCAGGGCUUAAAUGAAGGCAAGACCGAAAACAAUAAGGCGCGGGCCAGCCCUAGCGAAGAAAACAAAGUGAAUAAAAACCAGCUCCCAAAGGUCACAAACAAACAGAGGAGAGAGCAGCAGCGACUGGAGAAGAAGAAGCGACAGGAGGAGAGGCACCGCCACAAAGCCCUGGAGAGCAGGAGCAGCCACAGGGACAGCCACCGGAGCGAAGCAGAUGCGAACGCGCAGGUCACCUUGGUGAAGACCUUUGCGGCUCUCAACAUCUGAGUCUGGUCCGCUGGGAGUUGUAGGAAGCGAGUGGAAAACGGAGUGCUGCGUACCAGGCCUUCCCGCGGGGCCGUCCUUACGAAACAGCCCACGGAGCCCACACAUAAGCUCACACUCUGAGUUAGUGCCCUUCAGGCUGCCUCUUUAUUGUUCAGAGUUUUGUUAGUAGUGUGUUUUAUUUUAUGAAAGUGCAGCGAAGCCAUUCAUGUUCCGUAAUUAAAAUAUUGAGUUUUAGGGGUAGAUAGUUCGAUCAGGAAAACCUUUGAAGUGUGGUUUUAUUUGCCCUGAAAAUCACAGUUCAGUGACCCUGGGAUCUUUCCUUAACACUUGGGGUGAGUUUUGCCGUAAUCGUUCAUGAGGUCAUUUAGAGUAGAUUAAUUGCUAGAAAUUCAGAAUGACAAGUUUCCUUUGUUUCUCUUUCAUUUUCAAACAGACGUAUUAAUGUACAGGAUAGUUUAUAAAUGACCUCCAACUCAGGAACAUGUUUAGAUUUAAUAUUCUUUUAGUCCAGGUUAAUCAGAAAAUAAUUCAGGAAGUGUUCUACCCAAGUAAUAUGACAUAGGGACUGGGGCCUGUAGUCAAGGUGGCAGUUGAACAACUGCAUCUCUCUCCUUCCUGAUUCUGACAUUAUUUCAGAUGGGGCGCAGGUGCUGUCCGUUUAUACUCAAGCCAUAUGAUCUAUGUAUCUGACUGUUAAUUAGGCCUGGGCUUUGCUGGAAAAGCGAUAGUGUUGUUGAGUUUUUGGUACUUGUUUCUUGUUAUGAUACGGUUCCGGGAUUCUCAUAGUUUGGGGAGCAGAAUCUAUAGUUGUAAAGGGAUUCUUGAGUGUUUGCCUAGGAAGAGUCUAAAGAGUUAUUUGAUUUUAUAGGGAGAAUGGAAGAAUAUCUAAGAUUGCUCAUGUUCUCAUUUUAAGCAACUGUAUUUUCCUCCUUACUUCUCUAGACUUAGAUGCCUUCCAAGAAAUAAAAGGUUACUUGACCUGUUGCUAAAUUUUCUUAGUAUUGUGAAAAUGAAAUCCCAUAAGAUGCUGCAUUUUUUUUCUUUUUUUAUUUAAACGCUGUUUGGGAUUCUGAUGUUAGAGAGACUCUCCAGCGCCCACCACAAGUGGUCAGUGACUGAGGUUACACCAGCAGGGCAGGGGACUUAUUUUGGCUGAGGACGUUGAGUGGCUCUGCAAUUCUAAAGUAGACACGUUUGGGCUGUGGGGAUAUGUCAUUUCUAAAACUGAGUUAGGUGGAUAGGAACUUUAAAACCGUGAUGUCUCAAGUGGCCAGACUUGGACAGUUUUUGCCUAAUAUUUAGACAAGAUACACUGAAACAAAAGGUACAUCAUUAGUUACCUCCCCCACCUCCAAUUUCAAAAAUUUUAAAGUUUAGAGGUAAAGGGAAAACAAAAAGUUUUGAGUUGUGUGGGCCUAUCGUCUGGGCUGGCCCUGGGCUCAUUGAAUUUGUCUUUAUCAGUGAGCGAUUUGCUUUCUUUGGUUUUAAUGAUGUAUUUUAACUUUUUGCUCUUUUUACUAUGGUGACUUUUUGUGGUUGGAGCAUCAGUUGUCUCUAGGAAUUGUUCCCAGGACAUGUGGUUUGGGCUCCUUCCUGGGGCAGUACAUUGUACCUGUUAGCAGGCUGAGAACAGCACAGCCUUUUUCUCCUGUUCCUUACGGAGUCCUGAGUUCGAGGCUUUAGAACUCAGUCCAGACAGGUGAAGGGUCUCCGUUAUCCGACUGUCUCCAAGGGAGUGAGGUCCGGUGCUUUAGGAUCUACUGUCUCUUGGCUUUCAGCUCUGAGCAGAUUCCGAACUGUGGCUGAGCUUUUCCGAAUGAACACCCUUUCUUGUCUGUUUUGAACUACGAGAGUGCAGGAGACUAGAUUCUCUCAGGGGGUCAAGAUUGUAUACCAGGAAUUCAGCAUAAUUAGGAGUCAGAAAUAGCUUAAGGGAGACCCAUGGUCAGAGGUUUUAUUUACUUGGUUAAUGGACGUGGCCUUGAGCCCCAUUGGGUUUUAGAAGUUUUUGAAGCUGCUAAAAAGUUAAUAAAGAAUAUCUGCACAUUUAUUUAGAAAUUACCUAAUUCUACCUAAGAACCUAAUAACAGGCUUCAGCAUGUCUGGGGUAAAAUAACAGUGGUUUUAAAAACUAAUCAAAUUGCUUCAGUAAUUUUCUUUUAUUACUGCUUUGUAGCUUUCCAGUUACAAUUGGCCUGUAUUUCGUACAUUAAUUAUUGGGAAUGGGGUACACAUGUCCAGCUUCAGUGGCAUCUUCUGGCUAAGGAUUUGAAUUUAGACCUCACUGCCUCAGUCUCACCGGAAUACAAGGUGGGUAGAAUCCUCACACUUAGCCGCCGGAGGAGACACUUGAAAAUGACUUUAUUGGCAGCCAGAAUGGAGGCCCAGCACGUUCAGUCCUGGAUGGCUAUUGUCAGCAGUCGUUCCUCGUACAGCUACUCACGUGCCCUCCAUAGUAGGAAGUGCAUCUUUCUUCAUUCACUUGUGUGACAUGUUGGCCGUUAGAGAUUAAUGUCACACAGGAUCGUCUUGGUAGCUUUUAGUGAGGCUGGGAGAAAGGCAUGGGGCAGCGGUCCACGCUGCUUACUAGUCUUAUAAACUGUAUAUAAAGGCUUUAUGGAUUUUAAAACAAGAAUUUUUAAAGAUUAAAAUAAAUAAAAUUGUAGUGGCAACAGCUUUGUACUAGAGGGAUAGAUAUAUUAUAACAAUGUAGAACCACACUUUUAAGUAACAUAGUUGCCACCAGGAGAUAUUAGAUAGGAUGUGUAAGUAUAUUUAAUUUUUCAAUAAUAUGAACAUAUGCUUUCAGGAGCACUGGUUGGGGAAUUGUGGCAGAAAGAAGAAUCUUAAAGGUUAGUCAAGGUUGUCUGUAGUUUCUUUCAUAACCUCUGAAAACACUUGCAAACCCAUUUUGAUUCUGAGGGCGUGUGAAGUGCCAUCGCCCUUGGGCAUUUAGAGCUGGCUUGCGGAGGUAAUUUAAAAUGCCCAGCCCUGCUUCCCUGGGGAGCUUUUACAGUGUGAUAUGAUAUGGUUGGGGGUGGGAGGGAGGCCCUGUUAGUGGGGGACAGUUGCUCGCAAAGUAAGGAGGUGGGUAUCAGAUGGACAUCGGCCUUGAACUGUACUCGUAGUGAGUCCCUGCCGUCGAUGUGCAACUUCUCUCAUUCUGAGACACUCUAGACUCUGCCUGGGUUUUACUGGGUCAACAUAGAAUGCGAUCAGUUUACCUCUGAAGCGUGCAACCUGAAUAGUCAGUCGGUUGAAGGAAACUUGGAUCCCUAGUCAGAGCUGACGGAAGCCGCCCUGGGCCUCGUGGGCGGAGUGAGAGCGUCACAUGUGUGGCCCUCUCUGACUCCCGUUUUGGGUAGACACGUAGCUCUUUGCCUUUUUACCUCAAGACUCUAUAGCGAACCUUUAGACUCAGAGUCCGAUGCAGUUUUUCCGUUUUGCCAUUGUCGUUAAUCAGUUUCAUCUCAGCUUUCAGAACAGGUGUUGCUAAAACUCUGGGGCCUUCUGACAGUUGUUCUGAGGUGAUGUAAUCAUGGCACUUUUUACAAGGUGUGUUUUCCUGACUCUCAAGCAAAUGGUAUUUUUCCACCGAUGUUGCAUUGAAGAUCUAGAUAGGCAUAAUUAAAUUAUAGCAAAUUUUUUGCCAUCUCCAGUUGGAGGGGCAAGUGGAUAAUUGGUUUCAGGUGGAGAUGUUGAGCACCAGUCACAAAGUCCUCGCACAGUGUGGGACCCACAGCAUGUUCCACGGAGCCCAGCCCCAGGGAGGAGCUGGGCCUUGUCGACUGCCUGGGUCGCUCUAUACCCAGGUAGAUUCUCUGAGAAAACUUCCCGCUCUUAAUCAUUUCCUCUAAGGGGUGACUUUCUAGAGUCUCUCUCUCUCCUAGUUAGGACUACUUCGUAUGCGGUUAAAAUGUUUAGCAUCCUUGCAAAGUCACUGGAGAAGGAGGCGGUACCAGUAAUGAAUAUAUUUAUGUAAAAGCAUGAACUCCUGCUUGGCGACUUUGUUUUAAGCAGGGCAUGCCCAUGGUGCAGAUCGCCGCUCACCGUGCUGGCGGUCAGGGGAGGCAGUGAUCACUGGGCAGCACCCCUGGGUCCGUCCCGAUCCUUCUCAUGUCAGCACCCAACAGGUCACCAUUUCCAGCCGUCCAUGACAAUCAUUUGAGCUCAGUCACAGACCUCAGCCUGCAGUUCGAUCCCCUGGCACGUCCCUUGACCAAAACUGGGGGAAUGCUGGUGCGGGGCUCCUGACAUCUUUACUCCCUCAUUCGCUCUCCCUGGAGAGAAGGGCCCUCGGCCUCCCAGCCCCCCUUCCAGCACCUCCCACCCACACCGAGCUCAGUGACAAGAAGAAAAGAGCCAGGAGUCGGACUUCAGACCUACAUGUUCCUCUUGCUGACGUAGAAGUGCCGGCGGGCGUCAGUCCCUUCGCGAGGGAGGGCAGGUGUGUCUGGAGAACACGAGGGUCUUCACAGGCUCAGGAACCUUCUCUUUUUUCUGACUGCACUAAACGUGUUCUAGCUUCGGCCUGGAGAUGUGUAAGACCUCCAUGGGGUCAUGAUCCAUAGACUCAGCGAGCCUUGCCUUAUCUAUGGGCUCGACGAGGAGCAAUGUGACCAUCGUCUGACGUCCGUAGCCCAUACCCUCUAGGUUGUUUUUUUCCACAGAUUGCGUUACUCUGAACCAUUUUAUUUUUUAUUUACCAAAGUACUGUACUUGGCUAUUUGCAGUGUUUUCAAAACCAAAUGUUUCUUUUUUUGUGUUUUUAAUCUUCAAUACUUGGUGCAAUAGAAGCUGCAGAGAUGUGCCACUUUAUCUAUGAAAUGGAGUUUUGUAUACCAAUAAAUUCUAGUUUAAAGACA